AUGUUGAUUCCUCAUUUAUUUCUUAUGUAUUCUCUGAUUCUUCUUAUCACUAGUCUUUGUUUCAUCUAUUUGUUCUCAUCAUCUAAAAAAAAAUCAUCAGACAGUAUUGAUCCUUCUACUUAUCCUCCGGGUAAAACAGGAUGGCCGAUCAUCGGUGAAACUAUAAAGUAUGUUAAUGCCGGUCGUAAAGGUGUUCCAGAAAACUUCAUUCAAGAUAGAAUGGAGAAAUAUUCAAAAGAUAUCUUCAAAACAUCAUUACUCUGUGAAACUACUGCUGUUCUAUGUGGACCGGCCGGCAACAAAUAUUUGUUCACGAACGAAAAUAAACUUGUUUUUGCUUGGUGGCCUCGAACCAUUGAAAAAAUCUUCCCUCCUCCUAGUAACAUCUCCGGUCAAGACGAAGCAAAGAAAAUGCGCAGAAUACUUCCUCAGUUUCUAAGUCCGGAAACUCUCCGAAGGCAUAUCCCAGUUAUAGACAGAGUAGUGAUGCAAUAUUUAGAAAGAGAUUGGGAUAACAAGAAACAAGUUACAGUAUAUCCUCUAGCCAAGAGUUACACUUUUGGUUUAGGCUGUCAUUUAUUUUUAAGCAUCCAAGAUCUCUCUCGCAUCGAAGAAUUAGGCAAACCCUUUCGAUACUUGGUGGCGGGGAUUUUCUCGUUCCCGAUAGAUUUACCAGGUACAGCUUUCAACAGGGGGAUUAAAGCCUCGAAGUUUAUUAGGAAUGAGUUAUCGUUGAUAAUUAAGCAGAGGAAAAUAGAUUUAGCGGAACAGAAGGCAUUGCCUACACAAGAUAUAUUGUCUCAUAUGUUGUCAUCAGUUGAUGAUGAUGGGAAUUGCAUGGAUGAAUUAGACAUUGCUAACAAAAUUUUAGGCUUACUUAUUGGUGGCUUCGACGCAACUAGUGCUACCAUUUCUUUCAUUAUGAAGUAUCUUGCUGAGCUUCCUCACGUUUACUACGAAGUCCGGAAAGAACAAAUGGAGAUUGCAAGUUCAAAAGGCCCCGGGGAAUCUUUAAAUUGGAAUGAUAUGCAAAAGAUGAAGUAUUCUUGGAAUGUUGUGUGCGAAAUACUAAGGUUAGAACCGCCGCUGCAGGGAGCUUUCAGGGAAGCCAUUGCUGACAUCAACUAUGGAGGAUUUUCAGUACCAAAGGGAUGGAAGCUAUACUGGAGUGCACAUUCGACGCAUAAGGACCCAAAUUACUUUAAAGAACCCGAAAAGUUUGACCCGAUGAGAUUCAAAGGAAAAGGACCGGCGCCAUAUACAUACAUACCAUUUGGAGGAGGACCACGGAUGUGCCCGGGGAAAGAGUAUGCGAAACUAUCAAUUUUGGCGUUCAUGUACCAUGUAGUGACAAGGUACAAAUGGGAGAAAGUAUUACCACAUGAGAAAAUCGUUGUCAAUCCAAUCCGUAUGCCUGCAAAGGGUUUACCUAUUCGACUUCAACCUCUAGUUAUUUAA